AUGAAUCCAGGAGUGAGCCUCCUGUGUUUCUUCCUGUGCCUGAGCACCGUAGUGUGUGACCGGGUCUACGUCCACCCCUUCCAUCUGUUUUCCUACAACAAAAGCAGCUGCGAGAAGCUGGACAACUUGACGCAGGAGGAGAAAAUGUUUGUCCCCAUUUCCAUUGAGUCCCAAACCAUCCCUGCCUACGAAGAGAACCUGAAAGACAAAACCAAACUGGGAACACAAAGCUCGGAUACCAAGCGUGACCAAAGGCUGAGCUACUUGAAAGACCUAGUGCAUGUUCUUGGUAUGCGCUUCUAUGGCGCGCUGAAGGAAACGCUGAAGGGUGAAAACAUUCUCCUGUCACCUACCAAUCUCUACAGGUCCUUGUUGUCGUUCUACUUAGGGGCCUCUGAACAGACAGCAGCUGAUUUACAGAACUUCUUGGGAUUCGUUCCCCCCUCCGGUGACCCAGACUGCACCUCCAAAGUGGAUGGACACAAAGUCCUUUUGACCCUGAAGACCAUGGAUGACCUGCUCCUCUCAAGCGGAGCUGAUGAUCCGCUUUUUACCAAGCUUUCCUGCCUCUUCUCUGCUCCCAGUGUGCAUUUAUCAGAAUCACUCGUGCACAGCCUGGCCCCUUCUGCCGAUUAUUUCUAUGCCCGAGCUGUUGACUUUACGAACCCAAGUCAGGCAGCAGAAUUAAUCGAAAGCUUUGUGAAGGGCAAAGAUGUCAGCAGAACCCAGAAUGUACUGACAAACAUAGACCCUUCUACCACCCUGCUGUUUGUGACUUACAUUCAGUUUAAAGCCAAUGUGAAGAAAGCCUCCCAACUGAAAGAGCUUCAGGAGUUCUGGACUGAUUCAAGCACAAAGAUCCUGGUACCUAUGAUGUCCGUAACUGGAACAUUUCAGUACAAGAGGGAUGACAGCAAGAAUUUUUCAGUAAUCAAAGUUCCUGUCAGUGAGAACACUUUACUCGUGCUGGUGCAGCCUGUCAACAGCAAUGACCUGAACCAGAUAGAGUCGGAACUUUCCUUGCAUCCAUCUUCUACUUGGCUGCAAAAUCUGUCACCAAGACAUAUUAAAUUAUCUUUGCCAGAGUUAACAAUACAAAGCGCGUAUGACCUUCAGGAACUGCUCACGAACAUGAAUUUGUCUGCACUGCUGGGGAAGAAAGCAAAUCUUACUAAAAUAAGCGAUGCCAAUCUUACUGUUGGAAAGGUUAUAAAUAAGGCCCUUUUCAAACUGAAGAACGGAGAUGAUCUACCAGAAGACCUCUUAGAAGAAAAUGAAGGCUUGCUGCCACUGGAAGUAACACUGAACAAACCGUUCCUACUAGCAGUUUAUGAGAAGAAUUCAAAGGCAAUGGUUUUAAUUGGCAGAGUAACAAACCCACUGAACGGUUUUUAA